AGGGGGCGCGACAAUCAAGGAAGUGGCCGCUCUGGCCAUGGUCCCCGCGACUCCGAAAGUAAUCGUGGUGGCGGUGGUGGUAGAGGUGGGAAUUACCCACGUAACCAGCACCAGCAGCGGGGUAAUAAGCCGGGUCAAAGAGGUCAAGGAGGUGGAAAGUAUAGCCCACACCAACAUGGUGGUCAGGGUGUGGGGCCUACAAAGGUGGAAUCAAAUGAAGGGUGUGUGGUUGGUGGAGGAGGAGGAGCGGGUGGUGGAAGAGGAAUGUGGAUUGGGAGGCCUUGGGGACCCAUUUUUGUGCUUGGACAGUCCCAACCUCAGUCUUUGCCUGGUAUACCUCUUAACUGUUUUAUUUACAUUUUACUUUGA